CAGGCUCAGCUCAUGAGUCAUGAGAGUCCGCUGAGAACUUUGAUCAGCAUUUGCGUCCGACUGUUGCAACAGCGGGGCUCGAUCUUCUGGACAUUCCCAUCACGUGGUGCUGCGUGCUUCUCCUCCCCCGCCCCUUCUGGCCCUCCCUUGUGUGCCGUGCGUUUCCUUCCCAUGAGCCUGCAGCGGCGCACGACUCUGGGCACCUUGGAGGCGAGCCAGAUGAACUCGCGCCAGAGCACGGGGCCGGCGCGAGUUAGCCAGACUGCGGCCGCCAAGAACAAGCGGCUGACAGUGGGCCCCGGUUCCUUCAGCACACGCGCUCCUCUGCAGGAUGCCAGCAACCAGGCGCGCCUUUCCGCAGGCCAGCCGCGAGGCUCCAUGGUGCCGCGCAGGUCGAGCAUCUUUGGGAGCCGGCCGCAGGCAAAGAACGACCCGCGGCCGCUAGCAGACAAGGGCUUCCAGAAGGCGUGCAUACGCAGCCUGAUCACAUACCUGACCAACCACGGGUACAACCACGCCAUCAGCGAGAAGCUGCUGAGCACGCCCACCAGCAAGGAGUUCCUCCACAUUGUGCAGUUCCUCUUCCACAAGGUCGACACCAACAUCAAGUUCGGGCCCAAGAUUGAAGACGAGGUGCCGCUGGUGUUCAAGCGGCUGCGGUACCCGUUCCAGAUCAGCAAGAGCGCACUGCAGGCCGUUGGCUCCCCCCACACCUGGCCCGCCCUGCUAGCAGCCCUCGCCUGGCUGGUGGACCUGCUCAACUACGAGGAGCGCGCCAUCGCUGCCAAAGAGCGCGACGCAUUCGACGAGUCGGGGCAGCGCCUGUUUCUGGAGUACGUGGAGCAGUCGUACCGGCUCUUUCUUGAGGGCGAGGCGCGCGACGCCGAUGCCAGCCUCCUCGACGAACAGCUCGCCCAACAGUUUGAGGUCCGAGAUGCCGAGACCGGGGUGGACAUUGAGCGUCUGGAGGCGGCCAACACGGCCCUGCGCGCGGAGCUGGAUGCGGCGCGCACCCAGCCGGCGCCCCUGGAGGAGCUCGAGAGGAAGCGCGAGAACCUCAUCAGCGAUGUUGGCAAAUUCCGCAAGCUCAUAGAGAACCUGCAGGCGCAUGGGGACAUGCUGCGCAAGAAGGUGGACGAGAAGACCGCCGACCUGGCCGCCAAGCGCACCGAGCUCGCCGCGGUUGCGGCCGAGAAUCAGGACCUCACCGCGCGCGUUGCAGCACAGUCGAUCAACGCGGAGGACGUGGCCCGCAUGAGCAAGGAGAAGCUCAAGGUGGAGGAGGUCCUGCGCACCGUGACCGCGCAGAAGGACCGCCUCGAGAAGGACGUCUGGCAGGCGGAGGUCCAGCUGUCCCGGCAUCUGGAGGAGCUGGAGGGCGCCGUGCGCUCGUAUCACGCGGCAGGGGACCGGCUCAAGGUGCUCCCUUCCGACGCCAAGCGCGCGGGCGGGCUGCAGUUCGAGCUGACCUUGCAUGCGCGCGCUGCGCGGCCCGAAGACAUGCUCUCCGGCGACCUCAAGGGGGUCAUCAAGCCCGCGCUGGCCGCCAUCAAGGACGCCUACACCUCCAAGACCAGGGCGGCUCAGGCGGAGGUGCUCGGUCUGGCCGAGGCGCAGGACGGCAGCGAGGAGGCAGUGAGCGAGAAACAGGACGCUGUGGCGCAACGCGAGGCCGCGCUUAGAAAGGUGGAGGCUGCGUGCCGGGCGGAGAAGGAGCGCGGGGAGGGCGAGGUGCGCGGCAUGGCGGCCGAGGUUGCGGCCACGGAGGAGCUCCUGCAGCAGCUGGGCAGCAGCACCGGGGCGGACCUGCACCACGCGGACCAACGACACCAGGCGCUGGUGGCGGAGCUGGCGGAGGUGCGCGCGGGGGCGGCCGCGGAGCGCGAGGCGGUGACGGGGCAGGUGCUGGCCGCGCUGGACCUGCUGAUGAGCCACAAGGCGUACAUUCAGGAGACGCUCGCGCGCGUGCACGGCAUCGCCAAUGCCAUGGUGCGCGACCUGCAGCCCGAGGCAGCAUGAGCGCGCGCACGACAUGGGUGGGAUGGGGGAAGCCGUGGGGGGCAGGAGGAUGCAGGGCGACAGGGCGCGGCAAUGGGCGGACCGCCUAUGAAUAAGUAUGGGGCGUGAAGACAGUCGGGGUGCUUGAGCAGAAAAGCUCCAGGUGGAGAAAGACGGGUUCCUUUGGUCAAAGGUCGGGUCGGCGAAGUACUAUCGUGCCAGAUAGGUCCGUGGAUUCUGGUAAGAUCUGAAGGUCUGAACUUCGAUCAAGCAACGGUCUGAAGGUGUUUUCGAGGGUAGAAACGAGACAAUCGUCUGCUUUUGUAUCAUGUAUAGAAUAUUGCGGUUCACUAUCGAGAUUCAAUCUUCGGUGGAACGUCACUGCAAGUUGACCAACUAAACCUCUACGUCUGAAGCAUGACGAGAUGCCUUCCUUUUACCUCUAUAUCGUACGCAUGAUGAGAGGCGGCAUCUCAGGACGCCCCAACCCGUUCGUAGGUCA